CCUCAUUUCGAGAAUUUUCCGCCAACCCCAAGAUGAAGCAGAACGGAGUGAGACUCGUACAGAGGAAGUUCGCGCAAGGUGUACCCAUACCGGCGAGCAGCGUCAGCGUCGCGCCCACGCCGCCGGAACGCAAGCCGGACCCGCCUUACCCUCCCAAGAACGUAUACCACAACAAUAUGUCAGCUAGGAGCCUGCUCGACAUAGUGUCCAUGCAAAAUAUUCAUAAGCACAAGCAAGAGCCCCUCGUGGUGCUCGAGCGCCUCCGCGAGGACGAGAUACCGUCCCCGCCCGUGCCCGCCGUGCCCAGCGGGCGCCGCGCCCGGCCCAGGAUGCGUGUGCCCCUGAGGAGGCGCAAACACAAGGGGAAUAAGGGCAACAUGUGCUUGAGGUCCGGGAAACGGAAGUCUACAGAAGCAACAAAGGGACCAAUUAAGAAGCGUAAGAAGCUGUCUUCCGAGUCCACGGACGACAUACCGCUCGUUUACUACUUCAACCGGCCUACCAAGCAUGCUAGUCAACUCAGACAGAAGGAAAUCGCGGACAAGAAGGAAAAAGUUUCUUUACGAGAGAGACGCGCGUCCACAGCCACGCCAAGAAGAAAUAGCACAAGGGAGAGAAGCGACACCCCUGUUGAAAAACCCACUUUAAGGGCCGACUCUAUAGCGUCGGACGACCGAAACUUCACAUUCAAAGCGCCUCCGAGCCCGGCGCGUCUCAGCUACAGGCUGCACAGCAAGAAACUAGCUCCCGCCGCAGCUCGGCCGCUAAAGAAAGGUCUGGCAAAGGACGCUCGCUGGUCAUCCCUUCGCUCCGCCCGAGCGCCCUCUGAGACUAGAAGCAUCGUGCGGCGUCUACGGAACAAGGUUCUUAUAGGUAAAAAGCCGCCAAAACCUGCAGCCAGGAAAGCGGGCCCAAAAGCAAACAAAGGUACUAACUUUUCUCAGCUAACAUUUGUAACUCUCUAA